AUGGGUACAAAAACAGAUGAAAUUGAAGAACAAGAAUUGAAAAUUGAAGAAGGCAAUGGUAUUGUUUCAUCAAAAUUUGGAUCUUUUUGCUCUUCUCCAUCCGUGGUUUGUCUAGCACAAAAGUUAGUAGCUGAGGUGAUUGGUACAUUCUUUGUGAUAUUUGCUGGAUGUGGCUCAGUGGUGGUGAACAAUUUGUACAAUGAAACAGUCACAUUUCCUGGAAUAUGUGUUACUUGGGGUCUUAUUGUCAUGGUCAUGGUUUACUCUGUUGGCCAUAUUUCUGGUGCCCAUUUCAAUCCUGCUGUUACUAUUGCAUUUGCUAUUUAUCGCCACUUUUCCUACAAAGAGGUACCGCUUUACAUGAUUGCACAAUUACUGGGAUCAACCUUGGCUAGUGCAACAUUAGCAGUCAUGUUCGACGUUACACCACAGGCAUACUUUGGGACUGUUCCUUCAGGAACAGAUGCACAAUCAUUUGCAAUGGAAAUAAUCAUCUCUUUCUUGUUGAUGUUUGUCAUAUCUGGUGUUGCGACAGAUAGUAGAGCUAUUGGAGAAUUGGCUGGAAUUGCAGUUGGAAUGACUAUAAUGCUACUUGUUUUUGUUGCUGGGCCGAUUUCAGGGGCAUCAAUGAACCCAGCAAGAAGCCUUGGACCUGCACUUGUGAAGCAUAACUUCAAAGGAAUUUGGGUAUACAUUAUAGGACCCCCAAUUGGGACUAUUACGGGAGGAUUUGCUUACAAUCUUAUUAGGUUUACUGAUAAACCUCUUAGAGAAUUAACUAAAAGUUCGUCUUUUCUCAGAAGCAUGACCAGAAGAUAAAAACUUUUUUUCUUUUUUCUCCUAUUUUUUUUUUAGCUAUUUAGAUGAGGAAUUAUUGUGAAAUUAUAUUUAUUUUUGUAACACAUUUGCUUUUGGCUAUAAUAAUUCCUAUUAGAAAGCUAUUUAAAAGUUUGUAUGGGUAUGUUAUAUUAUAGUUAUAAUUUAUAUAAUCAUUAUAAGAGUAGUUAGCAUUGAAACGGUAGAAAUUUUUAUCUUUAAUUUAAUAAUGUUUUGAAUAAAAUCUUGUUCCUAAAAGUAUUUUUUAAAUAGAAGUUUACAAACACAGAU